AUGUAUGAAAAUGAAGUUCAAUGUUUUCAAGAUAAGCCAACCUGUCCAACAAAAAUUAUGUGUGUUUGUCGAGAAUGCGUUUAUGGUACACAAUAUCAAUUCACAACACAACAGUUUGGUCUAUCACCCGAUGCAAUUUUAGGCUUUAGUAUUAUUGUAGCAUCAAUAAUGUUUUGUGUUGGUUUAAUUUCUGUCAUUUUAUCGAUUUUAACUUUUCGAUCGAAAUCAAAUCAAAAAUUUGGUUGUGGAAUUUAUCUUCUUGUAUCAUCUACGACAUCAACUCUAACUAUUAUUGGUUUAAAUUUAAAAUUAUGA